AUGAGCGAAGAUGAAGGGGAUCAAGAAGCUGAGGAGGCUGAUACUUUGGCUGCUGUGGUGAUGAAGAUUCAGAAAGGUCGACUGGGCGCUCCGUUAGAGAUAGGCCUCUUCGAGAUCUCCUCAUUGGAGGACGUGCCUAAAUGGUACGGGAUCACUGAACCUGCCAGUUUCGCCUUGCCAUCUGAGGAAGAACUAAGGAGGACAAGGAUGUUGAUGGAGGACCUAAAAUCCAUCGACAUCUUCCAAUCUCACCUGGAGGUCAAACGUCGUGAAAGGAUGGUCCGAAAUUUAGAGUCGCUAUUUAAGAAAUGGCUGACCGAGACCUGCUUGGAGAUGAAUGUUCCCGACCACGUCACAGAACAGGUUGGCGGACGAGUAGUCCCAUUUGGGUCCUACGCUUUGGGCAUCAACACAAAGGGAAAUGACAUUGACCUGCUCUGUGUGGGACCAGGCUUUGUCGAGAGAUCCCAAUUCUUUUCAUCUUUUGUGGAGAAACUGAAGACCCACAGUGGCAUCCGGAUCAUCCAGGUUGUUGAGGAUGCGUUUGUCCCAAUUAUAAAGCUCACUUAUUACGGAACAGACAUCGACAUGGUGUAUGCAAAAAUUAACCGGAACAGCAUUAGCAACAAACUGAAUCUGAUGGAUGUUGCUCAUCUGAAAGAAAUGGAGAUCCAUUGUGUGAGGAGUCUACAGGGCUACCGAGUUACACAGGAGAUCAUGAGCUUGGUGCCAAAUAUCUUCACAUUCAGAGAAGUGCUAGUCACCAUAAAACACUGGGCAAAAUGUCGGAACAUCUACUCUAAUAAGAUGGGGUUUCUGGGUGGAGCUUCCUGGGGUAUCUUAGUCGCCCGAGUAUGCCAGCUGUACCCUAACGCCACCACUGCAACUUUGGUGGCUAAGUUCUUUAAGGUCGUCUCCAUGUGGGACUGGACUUACCCCAUCUUACUGAAGUUCCCUGAGGAGCACAAAUUGAACCUUCAGGUGUGGAAUCCCAGAGUGAAUGUGAGCGAUCGGUUUCACCGCAUGCCGAUUAUCACGCCAUCGUACCCACACCAAAAAAAAGGGGACAUUCUCCAGACAAUAGUGAAAGUGUGA